UCGAUCUGUGUGGAUUCAGGAUCCCCGUUAAUGUUCCCCUUCAGUUCACCAACGAGAAUCCAAAGCAGAACCUAGAAGGAGUCCAGACCAGUGGAUGUACAGGGUUAGUGGGUUUUUUAGGGGUUAGUGUGAUAAUCAGGGCUAGGGUUUAUUUUAUGGCUAGCAGGAUUUAUCAGGGUCAGUUGGGUUUAUUCGGGUUUGUAGGUUUUUUUAGAGUUAAUUAGGGUUUAUAGGGUUAGCAGGGUUAGGGUUUAUUAGGGUUAGUAGGGUUAUUAGGGUUAGGGUUUAUUGGGGUUAGUAGGGUUAGGGUUUAUUAGGGUUAGUAGGGUUUGUCGGAUUAGGGUUUAUUAGGGGUGAUGAUGGAGGGCUCUGUGAGUCUUUCAUUUGCUUUGGGUUCCUGCUGAACUUUUAUUUUUCUAAAUAUAAUCUAUUGUAAUCUGACACCAGAGUAAAUACUGGAGGAUUUAUAAAUAAUCUGAUUACUGUGGUGGACAGAUUAGAAUCAUCUGACAUUUCAGUGAUGUUGAAACUUCCGAAACUCUGAGCCCAUGGUUCCAUCUGAGGAGAGGUUUACAAGUGUAGUUGGGUAUGUGUGUGCAGUUGUGUAUUUAUCUGUGUGCAUCUGCAGCUCCUCACCACUUGUGUGUUGUGUAGCUGUGUGGUGUGUGUAGUUGUGUGUAUCUGUGUGUGUGUGUGGGGGGGUGUAUGUAGUUGUGUGUCUGCAGCUCCUCACCACUUCCUGCUUCAGUCGAGUCGACGCUUUGAGGGGAGCAGUUUGCAGAACGUUGUUUCUUCAGUUCGACGGUUUAAGAUGAGGUUCUGGACGCUGGUUCUGGUUGGUGCCUCCAUGAUUCCCCGGACAGAGGCCCUGAAGUUCUACGAUCCAGAGCUCUGCUUCAUCCUGGACGGGUUCCUGGGACUCUACGGCCUCGUCAUCACCGGGAUGUUCAUCAAGGAGAGGUUCUUUAGAACCAAAGUGAAGGAGGAGAACGUCUAUAGCGAUCUGGGAGGUCCGGGUUCUGGAAGCUUUCCGCUGAUGAGAGACGCGGAGAGAGGAAGGAACCGCAGAACUGAUGACGACACGUACACGGAUCUGACCAAACGUACCGACGGAGAAUAUAAGGAACUUCCUCUGAAACGAGAGCGUCAGAGGAAGACCGAUCAGGUUUAUCAGGGUCUGAGUUCUGCCACCAGAGACACCUAUGACUCCCUGCAGAUGCAGCCGCUUCGCUAAAGAACCACAGUUCUAGAUGUGGAAGCAGGACUGGGACCAGGACUGGAAGCUGGACUGGGACCAGGACUGGGACUAGGACUGGGACCAGGACUGGGACCAGGACUGGAAGCUGGACUGGGACCAGGACUGGGACCAGGACUGGGACCAGGAAGUCUUUAUUUUUCUUUCCUUUCUUUUUGUUGAACUUCUAUAAAAUCUGGUUCGUUGGUUAAAGUUCAGCCUCAGAAAUCUGAGAAGUUCCAGUUUUUUUCCUGAAUUGUUCUUUAAACCUGCUGAGAUUAUUAGAAAUGAGAAUUAGAUUCAUUAGAGAACAGGAAGUUCUUUUAAAUCAAUUAUUAUGAAAACAGGAAGUUGCUUUAAAUGAUUUAUUAUGAAAACAGGAAGUUAUUUGAAAUGAUUUAUUAGAGGACAGGACAUUUAUUUAAAUGAUUUAUUAGAAAACAGGAAGUUAUUUUAAACAUCAUUUCAGUCAUUUUUUCAUUUAAAAACACCAAAUGAUUUCAACAUUUCAGCUUCUCUAAUGUGAAAAACUGUUUUUUUAUUCAUUCAUAUUUUCAGCUUUUUGCUGAUGUUCUUGUGGAUCAGGACGACAUUUAUUGUUAUUUUAUCACAUUUAGGCUCUUCAGGUUCUUCAGGAUCUGAACAGAAAGAUGAAUUUCAAACAACAUAUUUGACCAGAAGGUUGUAUAUCUGGACGUUAAAUCAGAAACAGAGUUUGUUAAAUUCAAGUCAGUGAAUUUCCUUCUCUGAUUUCGAUCUUAUUGAUGUUUCAGUUUAUUUUAGGGAGUUUGUAUUCAAAUUAUUUACAGUUUAAAGAGUUUAAAGUUCAUUUACCUCCAAUAUUAUCUUGUUAAUUAUUAAAACUAAUUAAUCGAAUGAACCAAGAGGAGAAAAUGCUCCCAGAUAAAAACAAACAUUAACUUCUGAUGUUAAUAUUCGUCUUGAAAUCGGCUCAAAGCCCCAAAACAUUUCAGAAAUAUCCAAUAAAUAAACGAGUUGUUCAUCAUUCAACUGUAAAAAUUAACAUUAGAUUUUCUCGUCACGGUUUUACAGGACGCUGCAGCUUUAAUGUUUUCUGUUGCUUUGUUCAUAUAAAAUAUUAUAAAUGCUUGAAUCCUUUCUUUUCAUUUUCUUGUAUUUUUCUGAUGAGUUUUAAACAACAGCGUAAAUGAAUCACUUGUUCUGAUGUUUUCCUGAGAAUUUCUGCUGUUUGAACAACAGUAUAUAGUAGUAUAUCGUCUAUUUUGCUUUAUUAAUAAAAUCCUGUUUGAAAAAACAUA